GCAGACAGACACAGAUUUAGUCAAAACAAUAUGGCCAUAUUAGGCAUAGCCAUUUUCAUCCUUGUCUUUAUCCUUGAUUACUCUGCGUGUGAGAGGAGGUUAAUACUUGCAAAGGUUGGUGAAGAUGUUUCAAUUACCUGUCCUUGCCCGACAUUCAUACCGUGUGAGGCUAAUUUCAUUCGCUGGAUGAAAGUCGCUGUGAAUGGCAGUGUGACAAUUAUAAACACCGGCUGUGGACAAUCUUGUCGAAUCUCUCAGAAAAUUGUCAACAAUUCCCAAAUUGAGUUGACUAUUCAACGGGUGACGAGAGAUGAUGAGGGGCGAUAUUACUGUGACAAGAACACGGCAUCGGUUCUCACAUUUAGAGGAAAGGCUACAUAUCUUCAAAUUAAAGAUGAGAGCUGGAGCAACAGGAGUGAAGUGACUUUGUUGAGAGAAUUCAAAAGAUCUACAAUGAAACCAAAUUUAUAUGAGCUUCAACAUGGAUCUCUGCUAUGCCUUGUGACUGGUUUGCUCUCUCCGAAUAUCAUCAUCAUGUGGCAUUCAUCCCACGGACGAGUGGCAUCUGGUCAGACCUGGGUAUCUGACACAAGCAAAGGUUUCACUGCUGGAAGCCGGCUACAAAUAAAUGUGACCACUGGCAAGAACCUCCACAUUACCCAGAAUGCCAAGGGGCCUGGAGAGGAAUGGUGGUGUGAGGUGCAUCAUGACAACUUCACAUUGAGUGCCAUGUCUUCUCUGGACAAUAAUACAGAGUGGUGUUCUGCUGUGUGUGUUCCAGAGUGGUGUUCUGCUGUGCUGUAUGCGGUCGUGUCUCUUGUCCUGCUGUGUGUGUUUUCUCUGGUCCUACUCACCUCUCACUGGUUCCUGCACUCACACAGAGGAGUUUCAGUCACCACCAGCUCACCUUCUCAGGAUGGUGCUGGCUCAGGAGCGAGAUUACAGCUCACCCAACUUCCCACAUCCACAGGACAACCUUCAAACAGUGGUUCAGAAGUGUACAGCGUCCUAAAAUAUCAUUCUCACAAUACAGUGUCUUCAUCUGCUCAUCAAAGUGAUGUGUCAACCAGUGUGACAUACUCUGCCCUGAGCUUUCAGCAGCCGCCACCAAGACCUGGGAGACGACGCAGAGAGAAAAACAGAGACUGGCACGCUCACAUUUACAGCACAGUUCACACUCAUGACACGUGAAUGAUUUGGUGAAUUAAGGCGAUAAAAAGAGAAAUACAAAGGCACCGGACCACAGGAUGCUCUGCAAGAGUGCAAGCUUUACAAUUUACUCUCACUUACUCUCACUUCAAAUAAUUACUUUAAAGUCAAUAUUCUGUAUGAUAUUGCGCAUUGGUUACUUGGUCAA